UCUGAAUAAAACUUCAAACAAAAAUAAACAACAAAAAAAAUUGUUUGUUGGGCACCCAAAAUUUUCUCAUAUUCACUCAUUGCGUUAAAUGUAAUUGGCGGUUCCUCCCAUAUCAAAGAACACUCUGAAUGUUGUGUCCCAUCCAAGAUGCACGGCUACAUGUGGAGAUGCCCGGCGGGCAAUGGCAAUGAGCCCCAGAAUCCCCCCCAAUGUAUGUGCCGUUCCGAUGCCCAGGCUAUGCAGAUGGCCCACCGCAUCGAGGAGUGUGUGCCCGGUCCUAAUUUCUUCUGUAUGCGGUUCGGGAACUGCGGCUUAGUGCAUCCCCAAUGUACCCCGUGCAUGUGCCUAUGCGGCUGCCAGGGGGAAGGCGGUGGACAGUGGCCGCAGAAUCCAGAAGUCGGCCAGUCGGCCCCGAAGAAGAGAAGGUGCCGGAGGAGAGGCAAUCGGCAAAGCAGAGAAAGUUACAGCUGCCCCUGCCAAAAUGCCUUCACCCAGACAGACAUAUCCUACGAUCCUGAAAUAUGCUCCGUGGACUCGGGGUCCCAAACGCCCGAAGACGAAGAUGGGUCUGAGUACACGGCCGUCACCGACAUAUUCGGGGAGGAGAAGGCGCUAACGCACCGCACAGGCGAAACGGAGUACAUAAAUACCGUUCACAUGACGGUGACCAAGUACCCGGAGGACGGUUCCAAGCCGGUGGUGGAAACGAAGACGAUCAAGAAGACUCAGUCUCUUAACAUGUUGGGCGAUGUUGACGCAGAAACCAUAGAGACCGUGCAAUCUCUGUCCGAUUUGAGUUAUUCGGUAGAAUCUGGCGAGCAUAUUACAUACAAUCCUCAAAGUGAUCAAAGAGAUCAAAGAUACCAGUCGGAGGAUCGUCAGUUGUCAAGUUAUCGAACCCACGAGUCCAGCGAUCCCCAAAGUGCUAGAAGAAACGAAUCAAGGGAUCUUCAGAGCGAUCGAAGAAGCGUAUCAAGUGAUAGAAAACGCGAGUCACAGGAUCGUGAAUCGACCAGUGGUCGAACCCGCGAGUCAAAGGAUCAUCAAAGAGAUCAAAGAUACCAAUUAGAGGACUCUCAAAGACACCAGCCAAAGGAUACUCCAAGAGAUCGAAGAUACUCAGAAGCAGAGGACCCUAGGAGACACGAGCCACAGGAUCAUCAAUCGUCAAGUAAUCGAGUCGACCCACAAAGUGAUCGAAGAAGCGUAUCAAGUGAUCGAAAACGAGAGUCACAGGAUCGUCGAUCGUCCAGGAGUCGAAUCCGCGAGUCAAGUGAUCGUCAAAGAGAUCAAAGAUACCAAUUAGAGGACUCUCAAAGACACCAGCCAACGGAUACUCAAAGAGAUCAAAGAUACCAAUCAGAGAACCAUCAGAGACACGAGCCACAGGAUCAUCAAUCGUCAAGGGAUCGAAAACGCGAGUCACAGGAUAGUCGAUCGUCCAGAAGUCGAACCCGCGAGUCAAUCGGUCGUCCAAGUGAUCGUCCAAGUGAUCGUCCAAGUGAUCGAAGAUCGUCCAACGAACCCCCAAGCAGCUACCGAGAUGGCCUCACACCGAACAUCAACAAUGUAAGAUCGGAAGAUAGUCGAAAAAUCAGCGAGCGAUCGGCGAUGCGACCAGCGCGAUCGAUUUCAGCAUCUGAACCCAGUGCCAGUGGACAUCAUUUCAAGUCGGAGCCCAAUGUCGUUGUGUACCAGAAGACUGUCAAGGCGGAUAACCAAAUUCGACUUGAUUCGGCGGCCAGCAGAAAUACGGAUGUGAUGUUCGAGAAUGUCUCUAAAAUGGACCACAAGAAUAAUAUGGCCUCGGCUGGCGGUCCGUCGUUUGCUUCUACGGCAAGGUCGUUUGUCAAUGACAAACAAUUGCUCAGGCCUGGAGAAAGUACUGACCAAAAUGAUUAUGAUAAUGUGUCCAUGCUGCAAGUAAGGACGGUCUACAGGUCGGAGACGGAAGAAAAAUUACUCGAUUCGGACGGCAAGGAGAUGGUUAUCGAUGUUCAUGAGGAGAUAACCGAUGAGAUAAGAAUAAGAUCCCCAGAGCUAGAGACAGAGCUAGAGACAGACUUAGAGACAGAGCUAGAGACAGAGCUAGAGCCAGAGCUAGAGCCAGAGCCAGAGAAGAAAAAGGUUUCCCCAAGGACCGACUCGAAGAACAAAUAUCCCUCAGGCGCCAUUAUCGAACAUAUGAUCAAAAAGGGGUAUGACCGCGUCCAGCCAUGCGGCUGCAACUGUUGCACCCCCCGCUGCUAUCCCUGCGAUUACUGUUGUGGAGGGUUCUGCUACUCGAACUGCUGCGGCUACUGCAUGAAUCCCUGUUGUCCCUAAGACUCAUCAAUGAAAACCUCCCAUAGCCCAAGCCAUCCAGUACUUCAAUAGCCCAAACCAACAUAUUAGUUCCAUAAUCUGUUAGCUUCCCCAAUGAAUAAAGCACCCAACAAACAACGAAA